CUUUGACGGCGACCUCAUCGACGCUGGCAACGACCCCGACUGGAGAGCGACAACCUCGUGGAGGUGCUGGAGCGAUGGUACUUCUGUCCACCUGUUGCGGUGUUGGUGCUACGUGUGAUGAAUGCACAAGAACGGUCCCCUUCUAGAGGCACAUUCGUUUACCCCAGAAAACAUCGAUAUCAUCGCUUGAAGCGAUGAUACAAGCCAGGAAGCGAAUCGCUUCCUGGCUUGUGGUCUUGACGAUCCCUUCGGCGACUUUGGUUUCCGUCGUCGUCCGAAAACUCAACUGGUUCUUGCUUGUGGCAUCCACCCAGCCCAUGACACUUCUCUUCACCGGCACUCUGACGUGAGCUUUCGCCGCCACACCUCGUCCGUAGCACAUUCUCUCCUUGUCAACAUCCAGCAAGCCGACCAUGCUUUGGCACUUCUUGCCUGUGCGAGCGACGUUCCCCCUUGUCAUCAAUGAUUCAAAAGUGUGCAGGUAGCCAAGGUAACCAACCUAGCAUUGGACUGGACACUUUUGUUUGUUCGAGACGUUGUUCCGUGGAUAAAAAACGCCAACGUGGCAUGCUAACCACGCUUUUGCAACCCACUGCCGCGUCGAUCUCGACGUUUGAAACGAAAGCGAACGUGCUUCAAUAUGCCUACCCCAUGACAUUUCGAACGAGUGGAUCGUAGUUGCGGGCGCGAGCUUGGUCCCGUCGACAGAUGACUGCACCCUAUCAACCUCGUCGUAUCUGUAGAAAGACUCGUCUGUCCAUCUACUCCUCGCAUUGUCCAAGGCAGACUGUUCACCGCGCAAUUCGCCCUACAUCACGGCGUGUCCUGCUGGCUCGAGGUCAUGUGGCAAUAUGCACCUAUGACGGCAACCCGUCGACUAGUUCGCUAUGUGUCGUAAGUGAGAUGCCUCGAGAAGGCCAUGGAGGAGGUGCGCUGGGCCGUACUAGUAUCAAACUAGAGUGACAUGACUUGGUUCGACAGGAUCGAUCAUGUCGACAAAGAGGCGUGUCCGGUGUGUCUUGAGCCAGUGGAGACGCCACUCGACACGAUCGAACCGCCUUGCAUUCGUUUCUGCGCUUGGGAGCGAUGCCACAUGUCCUCCACGUCGGCUCUCAGCUCGUCGCGCGCGCGUUGUGUGGACACGACAAACCCAAUCCACUUGGCCCGCCUCGCUCAAGUGUUGGAGUUAUCGGUUACCGAAUAUUGUAGCCACUCGAAACGCGUAGCCGCGGUGGUCGUGGCGUCCGUGCACCUACGACAGGAAUGGUGUGCUCCCUAGACCACAUCAUGGCUUGAGCAGGUUGGCAACACUUGAUACCGAUACCGUAGUAGGCAGUCCACAUGCAAACUUGAUGGAAUUGCCCUUAUCAUCGACGUGUGAACCAUUAAAGUAAAAGUCUCUAAUGCGAAAAGUCUUUACUAUUCAGCCAAAAGGCUAUAAAUCGCUAGAUCUGGUUUCGCAAU